UUUCCUUCCAGGGCCGUUUCUGAUAUAUGUUGGGUACCAUAGAGUGAAUCUCAGAACAGGAAGCGGAGGCAUGAGCAAAGAGGAUUCUGGAAAGGUCUCUUUGUUUUCAUGUCCACAGAGAAAGCAAGAAAAAAAAUUGAAUGUAAUUUGCAAAUCCCUGUGGCCCAAAUCUGAAGAACUACAGGGGGUGGCACGUUCCAUUCUAACCAUCUUGGAUGCUGUCCUUUGUUGAGCUGUGAUUCCUAAGGCUCUCCAUCAGGCAAUUCUUAUGCAAGAAGCUAAACGUAAUUAAAUGUGCAGGAUGAAAAGAUGGCCCAGGCACUGCUGGUACCCCCGGGACCUGAGAGCUUCCGCCCUUUCACUCGAGAAUCUCUUGCUGCUAUCGAAAAGCGUGCUGCAGAAGAGAAAGCCAAGAAACCCAAGAAAGAACAAGACAUUGAUGAUGAGAACAAACCAAAGCCAAACAGUGACUUGGAAGCUGGGAAGAACCUUCCAUUUAUUUAUGGAGACAUUCCUCCAGAGAUGGUGUCGGAGCCUCUGGAGGACCUGGACCCCUACUACGUCAGUAAGAAAACUUUUGUAGUGUUGAAUAAAGGGAAGGCAAUUUUUCGAUUCAGCGCCACCUCCGCCUUGUAUAUUUUAACUCCACUAAACCCUAUUAGGAAAAUUGCUAUUAAGAUUUUGGUACACUCUUUAUUCAGCAUGCUUAUCAUGUGCACUAUUUUGACCAACUGUGUAUUUAUGACGUUGAGUAAUCCUCCAGACUGGACAAAGAAUGUAGAGUAUACAUUCACUGGGAUCUAUACCUUUGAGUCACUCAUAAAGAUCUUGGCAAGAGGAUUUUGCUUAGAAGAUUUCACAUUCCUUCGUGACCCAUGGAACUGGCUGGAUUUCAGUGUCAUCGUGAUGGCAUAUGUGACAGAGUUUGUGGACCUGGGCAAUGUCUCAGCGCUGAGAACGUUCAGAGUUCUCCGAGCAUUGAAAACAAUAUCAGUCAUUCCAGGUUUAAAGACCAUCGUGGGGGCCCUGAUCCAGUCGGUGAAGAAGCUGUCUGACGUCAUGAUCCUCACUGUGUUCUGUCUGAGUGUCUUUGCUCUAAUUGGGCUGCAGCUCUUCAUGGGCAACCUGAGGAAUAAAUGCUUGCAGUGGCCCCCAAGCGAUUCUGCUUUUGAAACCAAUACCACUUCCUACUUCAAUGGCACAAUGGAUUCAAAUAGGACGUUUGUUAAUGUAACAAUGAGCACAUUCAGCUGGAAGGAUUAUACCGCAGAUGACAGCCACUUUUAUGUUUUGGAUGGACAAAAAGAUCCUUUACUCUGUGGAAAUGGCUCCGAUGCAGGACAAUGUCCAGAAGGCUACAUCUGUGUGAAGGCCGGACGAAACCCCAACUAUGGCUACACAAGCUUUGACACAUUUAGCUGGGCCUUCUUAUCGUUGUUUCGACUCAUGACUCAAGAUUACUGGGAGAAUCUUUAUCAAUUGACAUUGCGUGCAGCUGGGAAAACGUACAUGAUAUUUUUCGUCCUGGUCAUUUUCUUGGGCUCGUUUUAUUUGGUGAACUUGAUCCUGGCUGUGGUGGCCAUGGCCUAUGAGGAACAGAAUCAGGCCACGUUGGAGGAGGCUGAGCAGAAAGAGGCGGAGUUUCAGCAGAUGUUGGAGCAAUUGAAAAAGCAGCAGGAGGAGGCUCAGGCAGUGGCUGCAGCCUCGGCAGCAUCCAGAGACUUCAGUGGGAUAGGAGGAUUAGGAGAACUACUGGAGAGUUCUUCAGAAGCUUCCAAGUUGAGCUCCAAGAGUGCCAAGGAGUGGAGGAACCGGAGGAAGAAGAGGAGACAGAGGGAGCACUUGGAGGGAAACCACAGAACCGAAGGAGACAGGUUUCCCAAGUCGGAAUCAGAAGACAGCGUCAAGCGAAGGAGCUUCCUGUUCUCCCUAGAUGGGAACCCGCUGACCAGCGACAAGAAGCUGUGCUCUCCCCAUCAGUCGCUCUUGAGUAUCCGUGGCUCCCUGUUUUCCCCAAGACGCAAUAGCAAAACGAGCAUUUUCAGCUUCAGAGGUCGGGCGAAGGACGUGGGGUCUGAGAAUGACUUUGCUGAUGAUGAGCACAGCACCUUUGAAGAUAGCGAGAGCAGGAGAGACUCACUGUUUGUGCCGCACAGACCUGGAGAGCGACGCAACAGUAACGUUAGUCAGGCCAGUAUGUCAUCCAGGAUGGUGCCAGGGCUUCCAGCAAAUGGGAAGAUGCACAGCACUGUGGAUUGCAAUGGUGUGGUUUCCUUGGUGGGUGGACCCUCAGCUCUUACGUCACCUACUGGACAGCUUCUGCCAGAGGGUACCACCACUGAAACAGAAAUCAGGAAGAGAAGGCUAAGUUCUUACCAGAUUUCGAUGGAAAUGCUGGAGGAUUCCUCUGGAAGACAAAGAGCCAUGAGCAUAGCCAGUAUCCUGACCAACACCAUGGAGGAACUUGAAGAAUCUAGACAGAAGUGUCCACCAUGCUGGUAUAGAUUUGCCAAUGUGUUCUUGAUCUGGGACUGCUGUGAUGCAUGGUUAAAAGUGAAGCAUCUUGUGAAUUUAAUUGUGAUGGAUCCAUUUGUUGAUCUUGCCAUAACAAUUUGCAUUGUGUUAAAUACACUGUUUAUGGCCAUGGAACACUAUCCCAUGACUGACCAGUUCAGCAGCGUGUUGACCGUGGGAAACCUGGUCUUCACAGGGAUUUUCACAGCCGAAAUGGUCCUUAAAAUCAUUGCAAUGGAUCCCUAUUAUUAUUUCCAAGAGGGCUGGAACAUUUUUGACGGAAUUAUUGUUAGCCUGAGUUUAAUGGAGCUUGGCCUGGCAAACGUGGAGGGGCUGUCUGUGCUUCGGUCCUUCAGACUGCUGCGAGUCUUCAAGUUGGCAAAAUCCUGGCCCACAUUGAAUAUGCUCAUUAAGAUCAUCGGCAACUCGGUGGGCGCACUGGGCAACCUGACCCUGGUGUUGGCCAUCAUUGUCUUCAUUUUUGCCGUGGUCGGCAUGCAGCUGUUUGGAAAGAGCUACAAGGAGUGUGUCUGCAAAAUCAAUGAGGACUGCAAGCUGCCGCGCUGGCACAUGCACGACUUCUUCCACUCCUUCCUGAUCGUGUUCCGUGUGCUGUGUGGGGAGUGGAUAGAGACCAUGUGGGACUGCAUGGAGGUCGCGGGCCAGACCAUGUGCCUUAUUGUGUUCAUGUUGGUCAUGGUGAUUGGGAACCUUGUGGUUCUGAACCUCUUUCUGGCCUUAUUGUUGAGUUCCUUUAGUUCAGACAACCUUGCUGCUACGGACGAUGAUAACGAAAUGAAUAACCUCCAGAUCGCGGUGGGAAGGAUGCAAAAGGGGAUUGAUUAUGUGAAAAAUAAGAUACGGGAGUGCUUCCGAAAAGCUUUUUUUAGAAAGCCGAAAGUGAUAGAAAUCCACGAAGGCAACAAAAUAGACAGCUGCAUGUCCAAUAACACGGGCGUUGAAAUAAGCAAAGAGCUUAACUACCUUAAAGACGGUAAUGGAACCACCAGUGGCGUGGGUACAGGAAGCAGUGUCGAGAAAUACGUAAUCGAUGAAAAUGACUACAUGUCAUUCAUCAACAACCCAAGCCUCACUGUGACUGUGCCAAUUGCUGUGGGAGAGUCUGACUUUGAAAAUUUAAACACGGAAGAGUUCAGCAGUGAGUCAGAACUGGAAGAAAGCAAGGAGAAAUUAAAUGCAACCAGCUCUUCUGAAGGAAGCACGGUUGAUGUUGCUCCACCCCGAGAAGGUGAACAAGCUGAAAUUGAACCUGAGGAGGACCUUAAGCCAGAAGCUUGCUUUACUGAAGGAUGCAUUAAAAAAUUUCCCUUCUGCCAAGUAAGUACAGAAGAAGGUAAAGGAAAAAUCUGGUGGAAUCUUAGGAAGACCUGCUAUAGCAUUGUGGAACACAACUGGUUUGAGACGUUCAUUGUGUUCAUGAUUCUCCUCAGUAGUGGUGCUUUGGCCUUUGAAGAUAUAUACAUCGAGCAACGAAAGACGAUCAAGACCAUGCUGGAGUAUGCGGACAAGGUCUUCACUUACAUCUUUAUCCUGGAGAUGCUCCUCAAAUGGGUGGCCUAUGGAUUUCAAACUUAUUUCACCAAUGCCUGGUGCUGGUUGGACUUCUUGAUUGUUGAUGUUUCUUUGGUUAGCUUGGUAGCCAAUGCUCUUGGUUACUCAGAACUUGGUGCCAUCAAAUCCCUACGCACACUGAGAGCCCUGAGGCCGCUCCGAGCCUUAUCCCGCUUUGAAGGCAUGAGGGUGGUUGUGAAUGCUCUUGUUGGUGCAAUCCCCUCCAUCAUGAAUGUGCUACUGGUGUGCCUCAUCUUCUGGCUGAUCUUCAGUAUCAUGGGUGUGAAUCUGUUUGCUGGAAAGUUCUAUCACUGUGUUAAUAUGACAACGGGCAACAUGUUCGACAUGAGUGAAGUCAACAAUUUCAGUGACUGUCAGGCUCUUGGCAAGCAAGCCCGCUGGAAGAAUGUGAAAGUCAACUUUGACAAUGUUGGGGCUGGCUACCUGGCAUUGCUGCAAGUGGCCACGUUCAAAGGCUGGAUGGAUAUUAUGUAUGCAGCUGUGGAUUCACGGGAUGUCAAACUGCAGCCUGUAUAUGAAGAAAACCUGUACAUGUAUCUGUACUUUGUCAUCUUCAUCAUCUUUGGGUCGUUCUUCACCCUAAAUCUAUUCAUCGGUGUCAUCAUAGACAAUUUCAACCAGCAGAAGAAGAAGUUUGGAGGUCAAGACAUCUUUAUGACAGAAGAACAGAAAAAAUACUACAAUGCAAUGAAGAAACUUGGGUCCAAAAAACCUCAGAAGCCCAUCCCUCGGCCUGCAAACAAAUUUCAAGGGAUGGUCUUUGAUUUUGUAACCAGACAAGUGUUUGACAUCAGCAUCAUGAUCCUCAUCUGCCUCAACAUGGUCACCAUGAUGGUGGAAACGGAUGACCAGAGCAAAUACAUGACCCUGGUUUUGUCCCGAAUCAACCUGGUGUUCAUCGUCCUCUUCACUGGAGAGUUUCUGCUGAAGCUCAUCUCUCUCAGAUACUACUACUUCACAAUAGGGUGGAACAUCUUUGACUUUGUGGUGGUGAUUCUCUCGAUUGUAGGAAUGUUUCUUGCUGAGCUGAUAGAGAAGUAUUUCGUGUCCCCUACCCUGUUCCGAGUCAUCCGCCUGGCCAGGAUUGGACGAAUCCUACGCCUGAUCAAAGGCGCCAAGGGGAUCCGCACACUGCUCUUUGCUCUGAUGAUGUCCCUUCCUGCGCUGUUCAACAUCGGCCUCCUGCUUUUCCUGGUCAUGUUCAUCUACGCCAUCUUUGGAAUGUCCAACUUUGCCUACGUUAAAAAGGAAGCUGGAAUUGAUGACAUGUUCAACUUCGAGACCUUUGGUAACAGCAUGAUCUGUCUAUUCCAGAUCACCACCUCUGCAGGCUGGGAUGGACUGCUGGCCCCCAUUCUCAACAGUGCACCUCCCGACUGUGACCCCGAUGCAAUUCACCCUGGAAGCUCAGUGAAGGGAGACUGUGGGAACCCAUCUGUGGGGAUUUUCUUUUUUGUCAGCUACAUCAUCAUAUCCUUCCUGGUUGUGGUGAACAUGUACAUCGCUGUCAUUCUGGAGAACUUCAGCGUUGCCACUGAAGAAAGUGCAGAGCCCCUGAGCGAGGACGACUUUGAGAUGUUCUACGAGGUCUGGGAGAAGUUUGACCCUGAUGCCACUCAGUUCAUAGAGUUCUGCAAGCUCUCUGACUUUGCAGCGGCUCUGGAUCCUCCCCUCCUCAUCGCAAAGCCAAACAAAGUCCAGCUCAUUGCCAUGGACCUGCCCAUGGUGAGUGGAGACCGCAUCCACUGCCUGGACAUCUUAUUUGCUUUUACAAAGCGGGUCCUGGGUGAAAGUGGAGAGAUGGACGCUCUUCGAAUCCAGAUGGAAGAUCGGUUCAUGGCUUCCAAUCCCUCCAAGGUCUCUUAUGAGCCCAUUACCACCACUCUGAAACGCAAACAAGAGGAGGUGUCCGCUACUAUCAUUCAACGUAAUUACAGAUGUUAUCUUUUAAAGCAAAGGUUAAAAAACAUAUCAAGUAAAUAUGACAAAGAGACAAUCAAGGGGAGGAUUGACUUGCCUAUAAAAGGAGAUGUGGUUAUUGACAAAUUAAAUGGGAAUUCCACCCCGGAAAAGACGGAUGGCAGUUCCUCUACCACCUCUCCUCCUUCCUAUGACAGUGUAACAAAACCAGAUAAGGAAAAGUUUGAGAAAGACAAACCAGAAAAAGAAAGCAAAGGGAAAGAGGUCAGAGAGAAUCAAAAGUAAAAAUAAGAAACAAAGAAAUGUCUUUGUAAUCAAUUGUUUACAGCCUCUGAAGGUAAAGUGUCUGUGUCAACUGGACUCUACAGAGAGGUCCACGCCAAACUGACUGUUUCAACAAAUACUCAAGGUCAGUGCCUAUACCAGACAGUGACCUCUGUCACUGCCACUCUGUGAGACAGGGUAUCAACAUUGACAAGAGGUUGCUGCUUCCAUUACCAGCUGACACUGCUGAGGGGAACUCCAUUGUGAAAGUGACUGUCAUCAUGCCACCAAACACCAUUAGUACAACGCUCCUGUCAUCUAUUUUUAACAUUCACAUUUGCCAUAUUUUUACAAAAUCUGUCCUGGUGUAUCUUCCUGAUCCCUACUUCAUAGUCUGUUCAUACUAUGUCACUAUUUUUGUAAAUGAAGUUUACGUUAAGGGAAAAUAUAUAUAAGAAUCCCGUGUUGCUAAGUCCACAAGUUUCUCCAGUAAUCAUAAAAAAAAAAUAUUUUGCCUGAGAGAUGAAAUUAUUGCUCAAAACUAAGGAAAAGUAAAUUCUAAUGUUAACAGUUUCAAAUAUUUCCACUUCCUGGAUGGUGUUAGCUUCCAAGUAUUUUAGCCUGUUAUGUUUGUUUAUAUCUGAGCAGUUAUGUGCCUGUAAAGACUCCUCUAAUAUUUAAAGGAUUAUUUUUAUGCAAAAUAUUUUGUUUCAACAAGUGCAAAUUUUAUUCUAAGUUUCAGAGUUCUAUAUUUAAUUUUAGUUAAAUGUCCUCCCUCCAGAAAAAAAAAACAUAUUUAAUAUUUCUGUUCUGAAUAAAAAAAAAAAUCUAUCCAAAGUAUCACCUUAGAAUAGCUGUUCCACUUAAGGUGGUAGGAUUUCUUUGCCAUCUUCUGCUCUCAGCAAAACUGACAAUUUACGUCAAUUAGAUACCCUCUGUUAUGUAAAUAGUUAUUUUAUCCUGUGGUGCAUGUUUGGGCAAAUAUAUAUAUAAACGUAUAUAUAGCCUAAUACACAAAUUCUAUUAAAUCAAAUAUGUACCACAGUGUAUGUGUCUUUUGCAAGCUUCCAACAGGGCGGUAUCCUGUGCCAUUCAUUACACAGAAAUAAUUGGGAGGCUCUCACUAAUGCAUGCUAAUAUUGCCUAUGCUGCUCUAUUUUAAUCAAUCCAUUUAUCACAGUUUUGGUAAGAAGAGUCACAUGUUGGUGGUAGAAUGAAUUCAAUCUGCUCUCUGUCUUCAUGUCAAAAAAUUCUCAUUGAUAUUGCUUUAAAACACCUUUAUUUUUGCAUUGUUAAUUCAACUUGAGUAUCACAAUGUGUCUUUAUUAAUUUAAAGGAGACACACUGUAUAGGGCCUAUGACCAAAUCCUAUACUUCAUAGUUUCCUAAAAAAUGAAAAAAAAAGUCCAGAAUUUGUUUAAAUAUAAAUAAUGUAAAAUAUGAUCAGUUUUCUUUGUCAGCAUUUGUACAUAAGAAAAUUAUUUUCAGGUUAAUGACAUGGCAAUUUAUUUUACCUUAUCCUUUUGCUUCUUAUUUUUAAAUCAAAACUCCAAACUUUUACAUCCAAAAGACUUUUCAGCAGAUAAUUUCCUAAAAUAAAAGUUAGACAAUGGGUUUUGUGGAUUUCUUUGUUAUAAUCUAUUUUCUACCAUUCUAAUAAGUGAUAUGUUGGUCAAAAUCUCCAGCCCUAACCUUUUUCUACCAACUCUGGCUGCCUGCAGAGAAACUGUCCCUCAUGGAAGUUUGGUUUUUUUUUAACUCGACUUUUGUAGUAUUUGCAGAUGCAGACUAGGCUUAUUUUUUUAAAUCCUGCUGCACUAAAGCCAUCAUGGAUAUAACAUGGGCUCUGGCCAUCAUGGAUAUAACAUGGGCUCUGGCCAUCAUGGAUAUAACAUGGGCUCUAGCCAUCAUGGAUAUAACAUGGGCUCUGUCCAUCACGGAUAUAACAUGGGCUCUGUCUAUCACAGAUAUAACAUGGGCUCUGUCCAUCAUGGAUAUAACAUGGGCUCUGUCCUUUUUAACCAGGAACAAAGUGGGAACGCUGUGCAAUUGCCUAGCAUAAUACAACUCUUUUCUUCUUUUUCUUCUUUUUUUUUCACAAACCAAAAGUUUCAUGUUCAUUCCUUUUACAAAAUAUUUACUGUAGUGUACUGAUGAACUGCAUGCAGGGAAUUGCUACUACUAAAAGAAUGAUGAGCUACUUCAUUAUUGAGCCAAAAGAAUAAAUAUUUCAUUGUUUUUUUUUUCUGUAUCUCAUUUGUUGGACUGAGUUUUUGGUUUGUUUUUGGUUUGGUUUGUUUUGUUUUUUAAGUUAUCAGCAGGUAAAAAUUUACACAACUAAAGAAAACCUGUAUUUGAUUUGACAUUUGUAUCCAUAGAAGUUCACAUGAGUUUUGUAACACCCUGCGACAUUAUCUACUGAGAAGUUUGUCAAAAUAAAGACUAGUUAAAAGCA